AUGCCGGUGAAUAGUAACGGUUCAAAUAUGUCUGCAGUGCAGUUGCUCUCAUCUUCAAGUACAAAUUCGAACUCAGCAAGUCGUUUAAUAAAUGUCACAUCUGCAAUCUCAACCACUUCGAAUUCAUGUAUCAAAAUGGAAGACAUCAGUAUAAGUCAACAACAGUCUACAUCAGCCAUCAAUCCAAGUGUUCUAUCGAGUCACACGCCCAUUAAUAAUAUCAAUUCUGCUGCUAGUGUUAAUGAUCAGAACUGUAUCAAUUCAUCCACUAAUCGUUUUCGUUUACCGAAUGCAUCACCUAAUCCAGAGAAUAACGCCAUGGAAAGUGAUGACUUGGGACCGGUGUCGAGAGAUCGUUGCAAUACAUGGCCAUUGCGACGACCGCAACUUGAUAUAAAUGCGCAAACAAGUCCGUUGAUCCAUGAGCAAAUUCCCGAAGAGGACAACGAUCUUUAUGAUAGUACGGAAAGUAUCAGUAACGGUCGAUUGGGUGCCAAUUCAACUGCGGGUCUGAUGGGCUCGCCCGAUAAUGGAGCCUUCUCACCUGGGAUGUCAUCACCAGUACCAUGCGGUAACACUUCCGGACAAGUUCCACCGUCAAGCGCUGGUUCAGAUACCUCCGACCCAGGUACCACUGCACCUGGCUCAAACAAGAAAUCAACCACACGGCGCAAUGCCUGGGGCAAUAUGUCUUACGCUGAUCUUAUCACGCAGGCGAUCAUGAGUUCAGCUGAAAAAAGACUCACUUUAUCGCAAGUUUAUGAAUGGAUGGUGCAGAACGUUCCAUACUUUAGAGAUAAAGGUGACUCGAAUAGUUCGGCCGGAUGGAAGAAAACGAGUGCGAGCGAAGCAGAUGAAGAGUGCAAGUGCGAAACUCUAGAUAUGGAAAGUAUUGCAAGGAACGGCUCGAUUUGUGCAUAUGAUGAUGAACUGGAGAGUGAAUCCGAAUCGGAAUCUGAAUCACGUUCACGCUGUUACACGUGGCCAAUGCAGCAACUGUGUAGUGUAUCCACUACGAAUAAACCAACUGAUCCUCCUCCACCAGUACUGCAUGCAUCUACCGAUCGACAACUACCGUCUUCUGAUCAUCUUCUUGAUAACUUGUCUCAUCGACGUACAGCUACUAUUGCUAGCACAGCCACAUCACCUCACCUAAUUCACAACGAUAUUUCUUCGCUAUGCUCCGCUUCGGAUGGCGGCAAUUUGUCUUCGCCAUUGCUCACUAUUCAAAAGAAACGCGUUCGUAAAAGGACAACUGAUCAAGUUGCUAAUCAAAAGAAACCAAAUCCUUGGGGUGAAGAAAGUUAUUCAGACUUGAUUGCGAAAGCAUUAGAAUGUGCGCCUGAAAAGCGUAUGAAACUUAAUGAAAUUUAUCUCUGGUUCUCCACAAAUAUCUCGUAUUUUCGUGAUAAAUCAAGUACCGAAGAGGCUGCUGGUUGGAAGAAUUCGAUACGACACAAUCUGUCGCUACAUAGUCGUUUCAUGCGAAUUCAAAAUGAAGGAGCUGGUAAGAGUUCGUGGUGGGUCAUAAACCCAGACGCAAAACCUGGCAGAAACCCGCGCAGGCAACGUUCGGCCACUCUCGAGAAUACCACCAAGGCUGCUAUCGAAAAGAAGCGUCGCGGUGCACGCAAAAAAGCAAUGGAGUUGCGUGCAGCAGGCACACUUCACAGUGCAAGCAGCUCGGUUGUUGGCUCACAGGCAUCGAUAAUUAGUCACGAGCUGUAUGGUGAUAACGAUGAUUCGUUGGGAAAUUUCGAGCCGUUGUUCCGUCCACGAACGCAAUCGAAUUUAUCGAUAACGGCAUCCUCGUCACGCGUCUCUCCUUCAAUGACCACCGAUCAUUUUGAUGAUUUCGAUUUUCCACCUUUUGUUGAAGCUGGAGCUAUGCCACAUGAUAUAUUGGAUCGUACAAAUGAGAUGAAUUUGAAUACGCAUCCAGAGAGUUCAGUGUUCCAACGUGCUGGCCACAAUCCGAUGUUAAACGGAUCUGUGAAUCAGUCUCAAGCGCAGUCACAGCCGAGCGCUGCUUCUUCUUCCUCAUCCGCUUCAUCUCUCUUGCAACACAUCAAAUCUGAACCGACACCACCCAACAGCAUAAAGAAUGAGGCAAACGGUGUUCAGCCUCCACCAUCAUAUCAUGAGCUGAAUGCAGUCCGAGGUGUAUCACAUCUACAGAACCCCCUACUGCGAACACAUCUCAUUCAAAAUAGGCUUCCACCACCAGCUGGAUUGCCCUAUAACGGACUGUAUUCGACGGCAACUGGUACAGCGCUACCGAAUUGGAUACAUACAGGAGGUGCUCAGCUCAUACCCGGAUUACAUUCGCAAAUCAGUUGUUCAGCGCAGCAAACACUUGGUCCUACAGCGGCAUUACCACUCGACUUGGAAAAUUUGACGUUACCUGACCAGCCUUUAAUGGAGUUGGACAAUAUGGAAGCUGUUCUUCGACAUGAACUUUCACAGUCAACUAGUAAUCAACUUAGUUUUGAUAACAUUUGA